AUCCCUUGUUCCUCUCACUUCAUUCACUCCUAACUCCGAAGCCCUAACACACUUGCCUUAUUCUUAUCAUCAAUAUUUCAUUUCUACUUGUACCCUUUUCUCCUCCCUAGUGAGCAAGGAAACAGAAUAUCAAACUAAGAAAAAUAGUAAUGCCAACACCAACACCAACACCAACGGCAGCAGCGUUUGGUGGUGUAGAAACUCCUCCAAAUGGAGACUCAUCUAACACCAAACACAGCCCUCAAGAAUCGCGUGACCUCCCACCUUUUUUGUCUUGUUCUUACCCCAUCACUCUGAAGUUCAUGGACGUGGCAUACCGCUUGAAGAUAGAGGACAAACAAAGAAGCGGAGGGAGCAUCAAGAGAUUGUUUGCUACGCACGAAUCCUCACCGUCGGAUCAAAGAUCAAGGCAGGAGCGAACUAUUUUAAAAGGCGUGACGGGGAUAGCGUACCCAGGGGAGAUCUUAGCGGUGCUGGGCCCAUCAGGGAGCGGAAAAUCAACGCUCCUAAACGCGCUCGCGGGGAGGCUCCAUGGCCACGGCCUCACCGGAACAAUCCUCGCCAACUCCGCCAAGCUCACCAAACCGGUUCUCCGCCGAACCGGCUUCGUCACGCAGGACGACAUCCUGUACCCGCACUUAACCGUGCGCGAGACGCUCGUCUUCUGCGCCAUGCUGCGCCUCCCGCGCGCGGUGCCUCGCGCGGCCAAGAUGGCGGCGGCCGAGGCGGCCAUCGCCGAGCUAGGGCUGGGGAAGUGCGAGAACACCAUCAUCGGGAACAGCUUCAUCCGCGGCGUCUCCGGCGGGGAGAGGAAGCGCGUGAGCAUCGCGCACGAGAUGCUGGUGGACCCCUCGCUCCUCAUACUGGACGAGCCUACCUCCGGUUUGGACUCGACGGCGGCGCACCGGCUCCUGGCGACGCUGGCGUCGCUGGCGAAGAAGGGGAAGACGGUGGUUACCUCGGUGCACCAACCUUCGAGCCGAGUCUACCAGAUGUUCGACAAAGUUUUGGUGCUAUCGGAAGGUCAGUGUUUGUACUUUGGCAAAGGAGGCGACGCCAUGCGCUACUUUGAGUCGGUUGGUUUCGCGCCGUCUUUUCCGAUGAAUCCGGCGGAUUUUCUGCUCGAUCUCGCCAACGGUAUUUGCCAUGUGGAUAGUCAAAGUGAAAGAGAUAGACCAAACAUAAAGCAAAACCUAAUCCAAUCAUACAACACAGUACUGGGUCCCAAGGUAAAAGCUGCCUGCGUGGACACUGCCAGUGUUCCUGCAAAGAACACACACCCUUUGAGAAGCAGUUCUUCAAAAGAACGUAGACGUAGCGACAGGGUUAGCUUAUUUGACUGGUUUUACCAAUUCAGUAUUCUGCUCCAGAGAAGCCUGAAAGAAAGAAAGCACGAAUCCUUCAACACUCUGAGAGUUUUCCAAGUCAUUGCUGCAGCAUUACUCGCUGGUUUAAUGUGGUGGCACUCAGACUAUAGGAACAUUCAAGAUAGGCUUGGCCUACUCUUCUUCAUUUCCAUCUUUUGGGGAGUUUUCCCGUCCUUCAACUCAGUUUUUGCAUUCCCUCAAGAACGUGCCAUCUUCAUGAAAGAGCGAGCUUCUGGCAUGUACACAUUGUCCUCCUAUUUCAUGGCUCGAAUUGUUGGAGACCUUCCCAUGGAGCUUAUUCUUCCCACCAUUUUCCUCAUUGUGACAUAUUGGAUGGGUGGAUUAAAGCCUGAUUUGUGGGCUUUUGUGUUGACUUUGUUGGUUGUGCUUGGAUACGUGAUGGUGUCACAGGGUCUUGGCCUUGCUUUAGGUGCAGCAAUAAUGGAUGCCAAACAGGCUUCCACAGUGGCAGCAGUGACAAUGCUAGCAUUUGUGUUGACUGGUGGAUACUAUGUCCAUAAGGUGCCAUCUUGCAUGGCUUGGAUCAAAUAUAUAUCCACAACCUUCUACUGUUAUAGGCUUCUCACUAGAAUCCAGUAUGGGGAUGGCAAGAAGAUAUCAUCUCUAUUGGGUUGCUAUCAUGGUGGCAGUGAUAUGGGUGGCUGCAAGUUUGUUGAAGAGGAUAUGGUGGGCCAAAUUGGCACUCUGGGGUGCAUUGGGGUCUUGCUUUUCAUGUUUGUGUUCUACAGAUUAUUGGCCUACCUUGCUUUGAGGCGCAUCAAGAGUUGAAGGAAAACUUUGAAUGCAAAGAAGGAUCGAUCACGGAUGGAUCAAUUUGUUGGCUCCUAGUGCAGCAGCUGUGUCACCACUUUUACACUAGGCUAGACUGGCCAGUUGAUUCCUGCUAACUGUAAUUGAAGAAUGAGUCAGAAAUUUCAUGCUGGAAUUGUAAAGUUAGAGAAUUAAUUAACUAGCAAAAUUGAAGUGAACAGGGAAAAGAAGAGAAAUUGUAGAUUUGAAUUUCGAAUCACUCGCCAAGUUCAUUCUGUAUUCAGAAUAUUAAGGGAAGAAAUAAAGAAAUUUCUUCCUUAUGAAAUAUAUAAUCUUUAAGUUUUUACGAUUCUUAUUCUGCCAUUUCAUA